CGUGGUUAACACGACGUUAACAGCUUCUGAUCGCAAUACCGAUGCACGAAACGUAAUAAUAAUAAUAAUAACAGUAGUACCAUGAAGCGUGAAUUACAAUUCUGCAUCCUCAUACAUUUGAUCACCGGGUUUGCAACAGUGACGCUACUCGACGUGUGCCCUCGCAAUCUGUCGUCCAAGAGAAACGCAACCGAGAACAAUACCGAUCACUUGUCGUACAGACUUCCCAAAGAUGUCGUCCCGACGAAAUACACUGUUCAUUUGGAGAAGAACGAGAGAGACUUCACGUAUCUCGGAUUGGUGUCGAUACUACUGAAAGUCCUCGAACCGACAAACACUAUCGUGUUGCACAGCGAUGGUUUGCGUAUCGUAGAGGAACAGGUGACUCUUCGUCGAAGCAAAUCUCCUUCGAGCCUCGAGAAUAUCCUGUGCCAGUUUCACGAUCGAGAAAGGCAGUUCUACGUUGUAAAAACCGAGAGGGUACUGGAGCCCAGUGAGUACACGUUGACGAUCGAGUUCGAGGGUGAGAUACGAGACGAUGUGUUUGGAUUUUACCGGAGCUUCUACAAAGAAAAUGGCAGGACAAAGUAUAUUGACAUACAUAUGUUGAUGAGAGAGUUUGCUAAGCGAUUGAAAUACAAAACAGAUACUCCAAAACUUUAUCGUUAUUAAAAUCACUUUAAUAUCGAUAAUAGUAUUAAAAUUUACAUGCUUUUUGUAAACAGAAACGAGUACAUAUUCGAAGCAACACCACGGAUGUCCACGUACCAGUUAGGCUGGGCGAUGCACGACUUCGUUUCCGAAUCGUCGACGAAUCACCUCCGAUUUUCGCAGAGUUUUCGAAUGUGGACGCGACGAUCGAUGAAUCACCGUGGAUCGAUCGCUCUGAAUCAAGGCCAGUCGAUCUACUCGUUCCUGAACCAUUGGCUCCUCGUCGACAAUCCAAUCCCGAAGAUGGAUCAGAUCGCGGUUCCCGAUUUCAAUUUCCACGCGAUGGAAAACUGGGGCAUGAUCACGUACAGAGAGUCUGUGGUGUUGUACGACGAUUGGCUAACACCUACGAGAAACAUGCUCGACGGAUUCACCACAAUGGCCCACGAGUACGCUCACACGUGGUUUGGCAACCUGGUCACACCAGCGUUCUGGGACGUUGCUUGGUUAAAGGAGGGCCUCGCCUCGUAUUUCCAAUAUUUCGCAGUGUCGAUGGUGCAGCCAACAUGGAGAAUGAUGGACAAAUUCGUGGUAGAUACGUUGCAAGCUGCGAUGUUGCUGGACUCGGCGGAUCACGACAGAGUUAUGAACGGGAGGAACGUUGGAUCUCCUAAUAGCAUCAUGGCGGUGCUAGAUUUCGUUUCGUACAAAAAAGGUGCGUCUGUGAUCCGCAUGCUCUCUCACGUGAUCGGUGAAUCAGCGUUUCGAGAUGGUUUACGAAGCUACGUGAAAAACAUGUCGUACGAUGCAGCCACUCCACACGAUCUGUACAGACAUCUGCAAAGUUCCACUGACAACCACGGCCAACUGCCGAGAAAUAUGUCGAUUAAAGGUAUCAUGGAAUCGUGGACGAACCAACCAGGAUAUCCUUUGGUGACUGUCACCAGGAAUUACGAUACGGGAACGUUCAUCGUGUCGCAGAAACGGUUUCGUUGGAACAAAACUGGCGGUCAGUCGCAGUCGGAAUUGAAAUGGUGGAUACCAUUGACCUUCACUACUGAAACAGCCAGGAAUUUCUCCGCCGUCAAACCGAGAUACUGGCUGAAGCGAAAAUGUGAAAAUUUCACAGCGCCACUCAAUAUUUCCUCGAGCAGAUGGAUUAUUUUCAACAUCCAGCAAACUGGAUAUUAUCGAGUGAAUUACGACGAAGACAAUUGGAAGAUGAUCGCGCGUUACUUGAGCUCGAAGGAUUUUCUGAAGAUACACCGAGUGAACAGAGCUGCUCUCAUAGACGACGCGUUUAAUUUAGCCAGAGCAGGUUAUAUAGAUUAUUCGAUCGCGUUUAACCUCUCGAAAUAUUUGGUCCAAGAGAUCGAUUACGAGCCGUGGGUCGCUGCUGUCAAUAAUUUGAAGUUUCUGAACAACAUGUUGAGCGGGACGAGGGUGCAACGAGCUUUUCAAGAGCAUGCAAAUCGUUUAUUACAACCGAUGUACAAGCAACUGAAUUUCACGGAUUCCAAAGACGAGGAUAUUAACGCAAAACUGAACAAAGAGCUAAUCCUAACGACUUCUUGUUUAGUACGCAGCGUCGAUUGUUUAAACGUCUCGGAAUCAUUGUUUCGCAAUUGGAUUACAAAGCCUAAUGAAACUAUACCGCGAGAUGUUAAGAGUUUCGUUUAUUGCGAGGGAAUUCGUAGCAGUGGCGGAAAAGAUUGGUACUUGGUGAUGGAUAGAUGGUUGAACACCGAUCUACAGACUGAGCAAGAUCUAUUGCUGCAAGGCCUUGGAUGUACACGAGAAUCUGAAUUGAUCAAUUCGUAUCUCGAAUUAUCAGUAACAGAUGAGCAAAAUGUCCGUAAACAGCAGAGAAUGAUGAUAGUGAAUGCCAUUUUAGAUGGAAAUGUCGAGAACGUGGAUCACGUUUUGGAAUUCGUUCGGUCGAAUUUACAGAGAAUCAUCGAACUAAGGGGAAACGAUUUUUUGGGAAAGGUGAUUAGCGGUAUUGGAGAAAGGAUGAAAACGAGGAAACAAACAGAAUCGCUACGUGCGUUUAUUCAAGGACAUUCCGAACAAUUAGGAUCAACGUUGGAUGCAGCGAAGAAGGCACUGUCCGUGGCUUUGAAAAAUGUGGAAUGGAUUAAGAAAUACCUACCUGGUAUCGUUCGAUAUUUCACAUGACACAUUCAGUACAUGACAGUAUCAACAACCUGUUAGAGUGAAAUUGUAACAGUUUCCCUCUUCAAACGGAAGAAGGAAAAAAAAGAAAAGCAUUUAAUAGAACAAUUGUACGUUAUCGAAUAAAAAUAUUUCCUCCAUAACUCUUGUUACUCAAUCGUUUUAUAUAAUUAAC